AUGACCGCUCCUUUACUCCUCCACUCGCACUGGGUUGACCCGGUGAUGUUUCUCUACGACAACGGCCUGGAGGACAGAAGCAAGAACAUGGAAGGAUUUACUGGAGGCAAUUUUGCUGCAAACCAGUGCAGGAAUCUGUUAGCACAUCCAACCUCUCUGGCUCCCAGCACCACCUACUCUGCGAGCGAGGUGCCAGUCUCUGGCAUGGGGGAGCCUGGCAAACAAUGCAGCCCCUGUUCAGCCACCCAGAGCUCACCCAAUGCAUCUUUGCCUUAUGGAUAUUUUGGCAGCAGCUAUUACCCGUGCAGGGUGUCACACGGCAGCGUGAAGGCGUGCGGGCAGCCCUCUGGUUAUGGGGAUAAAUACAUGGACUCGUCGGUGUCUGGUGAGGAGUUCUCCAGCAGAGCAAAGGAGUUUGCGUUCUACCAGGGCUACUCCUCUGGUCCCUACCAGCCCAGCUACCUGGACGUCCCUGUCGUACCUGCCUUGAGUGCUCCCUCUGAGCCCAGGCAUGAGUCUCUGCUGCCCAUGGAGCCCUACCAGCCUUGGGCCAUCACCAAUGGCUGGAGUGGUCAAGUUUACUGCACCAAGGAGCAGCAGACAAAUCCUCUGUGGAAAUCCUCGUUACAAGACACUAUAUCUGGUGGAGACAACUCUGUCCGCCGUGGGAGGAAGAAGCGUGUUCCCUACACCAAGGUGCAGCUGAAGGAGUUGGAGAGGGAAUACUCCGCCAAUAAGUUCAUCACCAAAGACAAGAGGAGGAGGAUAUCCGCGCAGACGAAUCUGACUGAGAGACAAGUGACAAUCUGGUUCCAGAACAGACGUGUGAAGGAGAAGAAGGUCGUCAUUAAAUUCAAGAGCUCCAGUUAGCUCUGGAGACACUGAGAGGAGGUGACGGACCUUCAU